UUCCUUUUUUAUUCUAUUUUUUUUAUCUUUUAUAGUUUCUUAUGAUUACCAUAUGUCCUACAGUGGUGAGGAUACAGUGGUGAAUAUAUGAAUGGAGCCUGUGUAUGAUGCCUAAUGUCUCUGGUAACGUGGUGAAUAGGUCACGGUUGCUCAGUAACGGUUUGAAGGAGCACGCGAGCAGGUGAAGGGGGUUGGGCCUGGGCGAACAGCGUCACUGGGUCGUGUCUAGAAGGUAACCCUCGAGCUGGGGAAACUCUCGCGAGAUAGUUAUGGUUGGGUAUUGAUCCUUGUAUAGUUCAGGUUCGUUGAUCUUGAAUGGUUAAGGUUAGGUCAGGUCAGGUCGUCGGGCAGCAAGUCUCGCGAGAGUUUCUGCUAGAUGUCGCAAUUUGUGGGUUACCUUCCAGACACGACCUUCUCUCUGGGGGCCGACGCUCCCCUUGCUUCUGAUUGGUCAAUGAUCGGCGGUUUUCGCGCCAACGCGCUGCAUUGUGGGGCCGGUGAGCGGAAGUCCGCCGGGUCGUGGUCGUGGGAAGCUGGAGCUGGCGUCGUGUUGUGGUGUUUUGGUGUUUUGGACUGUAACUGUGGAGGGUUUGUAUAAAGUUUUAAACUAGCCGGUAGUUCUCUGGUAGGGAUGCGUGGAGAGGAGUCGUCUGACUCCGAGUCUGGUCGGAUGGAGGAGAGCUCGGUCCGGGUCCGGAGGAGUCUGGAGACGUUGUGUCAGGAGCUCAAUAUGGACGAGCACACAGCCACGGAGACCAUGGACACCUUCACGGCCAUCUGGAACACCUACACUCUGGAGGGAGAGGUGGUCCACUGGUUGGCCUGUUCUCUCUAUGCAGCCUGUAGGAAGGGCUCCACUCCCACCGUGGGUAAAGGGCUGAUGGAGGGAAACUGUGUCUCCCUCACCAGGAUCCUUCGCACUGCCAAACUCAGUCUGAUCCAGUUCUUCUCCAAGAUGAGGAAGUGGGCCGACAUGUCCAACCUCUCACAGGACUUCAGGCUGCGCAUGGAGCGCCUGGAGCGCAACUUUGAGGUUUCCACGGUGAUUUUCCGCAAGUUUGAGCCCAUCUUCAUGGACAUGUUUCAGAACCCGCAGGGAGGGGAGCCGCCACGGCAACCACGCAGCCGGAAACACAGGCGUCUGCCGUGUCACAUCAGCGAUGUGUUCAAGUUCUGCUGGACUCUGUUUGUCUACACCAAAGGUAACUUCAGUAUGAUCGGUGAUGACCUGGUGAACUCGUACCACCUGCUGCUCUGCUGUCUGGACUUGGUGUUUGGAAACGCUCUGCUCUGUGCCAACAGGAAGGACCUCAUCAACCCCUCCUUCAGAGGUCUGCCUGCUCUGUACCGCGCUGACGGCCACGUGUCACCUGACGAGCCUCCACCCUGUGUGUUGGAGAGGUUAUGUGAGCUGCACGACGGGCUGGUGGUGGAGGCCAAAGGCAUCAAACAGCACUACUUCAAACCCUACAUACAGAAACUGUUCCAGAGACAGAUCCUGAAAGGCAACGAGGAGCAUCUGACCGAACUGUUGGAUCCUCAGAGCUUCAUCGAUAACAAUAAAGCCAUAAACAGGGAGUAUGAGGAGUACGUGUUGACGGUGGGAGAUUUCGAUGAGCGAGUGUUUCUGGGAGCCGAUGCCGAUGAAGAAAUCGGGACUCCGAGGAAAGCCAUUCAGGAACCGUCUGCCAGCCAGACGAACGCUCAGAACCAGCUGCAACAACAUGUAGAGAAGUCGGGCUCUCUCGCUCCCUCCACCCCUCUGACGGGUCGACUUUACCUGAAGGAGAAGGACCUGCUCGUCACGCCCGUCUCCUCGGCGACGCAGAGCGUCAGCCGGCUGCAGAGCAUGGUGGCCGGGUUGAGGACGGCGCCCAGCGACCACCUCAUGCAGAUCUUCAGGUCGUGCACCAGAAAUCCCACAGAGUCCAUACUGGGCAGAGUGAAGACACUGGGACAAACCUUCAAAGAACAUUACACCAACGACUCCGAGGACAUGCCCGGCUCUCAUAUAGACUUUGCAGAGAACCGUCUGAAGCUGGCAGAGAUCCUCUACUACAAGAUCCUGGAGAACGUCCUGGUCCAGGAGACCAAACGACUGCACGGCAAAGACAUGAGUGUGUUACUGGAGCAGGAUAUCUUUCACUGCUCCCUGAUGGCGUGUUGUCUGGAGGUGGUGUUGUUCUCCUACAGCUCCCAGAGAACCUUCCCCUGGAUCAUCAACAUCUUCAAACUGACCCCGUUCUACUUUUUCAAGGUGAUCGAGGUGUUUAUCCGCUCAGAAGAAGGUCUGUCCAGAGACAUGGUGAAGCAUCUGAACCUGAUCGAGGAGCAAGUUCUGGAGAGCAGAGCGUGGAGCGCCGACUCCGCCCUGUGGAGCGCCCUGCAGGCUGCUGGGAACAAGGUCCCCACUGUGGAGGAGGUGAAUUUUCCCUCCAGUCUGGACACGGGUUCUGGUCCUGGUUCUCUCUCUGGUUCUACCAGCGGAGGUCAGUCCCACCUGCCUCUGGUCGCCCUCUCCCCCAUCAUCCACCCCCGCAUCAGGGAGUUCAGAUCAGGCCUUGGCAGCGCACGCAAAGACGUGCCUCCCUCUCCGAUGUCGGUCCACGACAGGUACAGCUCACCGGCAGCUGGCAGCGCUAAACGGCGUCUCUUUGGCGACGACCCUCCGGCCCGGACCCUUUUAGGAGCUGUCCCCGGCGUGAGCCCGAUGUCGUCGCCGGCCAAAAGGUUGACGUUUGGCUCGAGCAGCACGCUGAGGAUCGGAGCUCAGGGCACCCACACCACUGUCCUCAGUAUACCGCUGCAAGGUGUGAAUAACGAGCGCACUAUCACACUGAUCCCGGUUCAGCCAUGUGACGCCUCUGGUACCAUCACCGCCCAGUUCCUGCUGACCGCCUCGCCAAGCCGCUUCACCGCCUCCGCAGCACCCACGACCUCCGACCCCCAGACAGGAAACGGACGGCCGCGACGCACCGGAUCCCUCGCUCUGUUCUUCAGGAAGGUCUAUCACCUGGCCAGUGUCCGUCUGAGGGACUUGUGUGUGAAGAUGGAUGUCUCGUCGGAGCUGCGAGGGAAAAUCUGGACAUGUUUCGAACACUCGCUGGUCCACAGUACCGGUCUGAUGCGGGACAGACACCUGGACCAGCUGAUGCUGUGCAGCGUUUACAUCAUAUCCAAAAUCACCAAAGAGACUCACACCUUCCACGACAUCAUGAAGUGUUACCGCAGCCAACCACAGGCCAGCAGCCAUGUGUACCGCAGUGUGUUACUGCGUCACACUCCAAGAGAGCCGGUGACCGAUGAGAACAUGGAGGUGGAUCCUGUUUCAGGUGGAGAAUCUGCAGAGAAAACCAAUCAGGUCUCAGGACAAGCGGCCUCCAACCGAUCAGGGGAGGAGGAGGAACGUGGUGACCUCAUCCAGUUCUACAACAGCGUCUUCGUCCUGAAGAUGAAAAGCUUCGCGCUGCGAUACGCCACCCACGAUAACCGGGCGGACGCCCCCCCGCUCUCUCCGUUCCCGUCGGUCCGGGCUCAGCCUCUCUCUCCUCGCCGGGUUUCUCAGAGACACUCGCUGUACGUCUCACCUCACAAGAACUCUGCAGGCUGCCUCACGCCAAACUCCUACACCUACAGGAUCAACAGCAGCCCGUCCAAGGAGUUAUCCGACAUCAACCGGAUGAUCCGGCAGGGCAGCGUGAGCAGGAAGAGGGCCUUCACCAUGGAGGGGGACGUGAUGAUGUCAUCAGCCUGCGACUCCCCCAGUAAGAGGGCGUGUCCAGAGAACGGCAGCAGUCCCGACGUGCUGCUGAAGCGGCUGCAGGACGUCGUGUCGGAGCGGCAGAGUCACUGACGGACCGCCACACGGAGAAACACGUAAAAACAUUGAAACGAUAAAUUCACUUUGAUUACAGAACUCUUCCUCGCCGUCUGUGGAGAGACGAUGUCGUCAGACAUUAAGAGUCUCUUUUCAUCACUUUAAGCUGUGACCUUUUCUAUAUUGUGAGCUGAAGGUCGCUCCGAACCGGAGCAGUAAAUAAUGACACAAUUCAUCUUUUAUCAGCACAAUUCCACUUCUAGUGUCACAACCCCCCCAACAUUUGAGUUUAACACCAAUAAUAAUAAUAAUAUCUAAACUGUGAUAUUUGAUGUCAGGUGAACUUCAGUGUCUUCUGUCUCUGUUUCACUGAACUCUGGGAUACGUCCCACCUGAACAUGUUAGAGUUAUGUUAGAGUUGCACCGUCAGAGGGUUUUAAUCCACAGCUGUAAUAAUAAUUAGCAGCUGCUAGAUGGCAGCACAGGCCGGGUUCAGAGGGUUACUCUAGAGACUUAAAGGGUAGUUUCACAGUCUUUCAUUUUUAUUUACAGAGUUCAGAUUACCGUAUCGCCGUUUUUUUAUAUAUUUUCUUUUACUAAUUUUUUUCACUUUUUUUCUGUCAUUUUUUGUCGAUUCUGGACAUUUUUUAGACUUUUCUUUCUUUUUUUUAGACUGUCAUUAUUUUUUGUGUUUUUUCUGGACAUUUUUUUGACUUUUUUCGGCCAUUUUCUGACUUUUUACUUUUUUUGGUGCACUCAAACACACCGACAUCAGUGAACUAGCAGCGACGAACGCCACCAGUUGCGUUGCCUCACGUCGCCUUUGUCUUGGCCAACAAGUUCUGACUUUUUUUCUGACAUUUUCUUUUACUACUUUUUUUUACUUUUUUUCUGACAUUUGUUUGUCAAUUCUUUGGACUUUUUUUUUUUUACUUUUUUUCGGUGCACUCAGAAAAUGGUUUUAUUUCCCUGUAGGGUCCUUUCUAAAAAUGUUGUCAUACACUGAUAAUAACAAUCGGAGCCUGUCGGUUGUAAAAACAACAACUUCUAGUGGACGUAAACUGACGGAGGAGUUUCAGCCCGUUUAGCAUCUGCAACGUUCUCCCUCAAUACUGGACCAGUUUAAAAAUGUGUUGUCCCCAUUAGUCACUUAGUACGACGGAGUGUUAUGGCCACAUUGAAAAAAAAUCAGAGAUUUCGAGAAUAAAGUCGUAAUAUUACGAGAACAAAGUCAUAACUUCACGAGAAAACAAGUCCUUUCCUCCUCCACCAAAGAGUCCGUUUCCUCAUCAGGUACGUGUGGUUCUUUCUUCAGAAUAAACUCAGUUUCUUUAACCAUCUUUUCCAGGUCCUGAUACUGAUGAUAAUGUGCUGCUGAUGUGCUAAAAGAUUAACUUUUUGAUUACUUUAUAAUAUUAUAAUUUUAUUCUCAUAAUAUUAUGACUUUUUUUUCUCGUAAACCUAUGACUUUAUUCUCGCAAUAUUACGAUUUAAUUCUCAGAAAUCUCCGAUUUAUUUGUUUUUUCCUCGAUGUGGCCCUGAUACUCUGUCGUACACUUCGACACAAAAACAUGGAAAAUAGUUAGAAAAUACCAAAGCUCCCCUUUAAGCCUACAAACUGCCCAUAAUUCAACACUAUGGAGAAGUCAGUGUCACACCGUCAGUUCUCUUAUACAAUACAACUCCACUGUUUUAUAAUGUGAUUUCCAGAAGAAUAUAUCGUCAUUAAUUGGGACCAGUCUGUUACAAAACCUUUAACAUACCAUAAUAAAUACAGGGAUUUCAUUUUGAAUCAGUUCAUUCGAAGCUUUGAUCAGACGACCUUCCUCGGCUGUAAUCAAACGUCUGAGUGUUUGCUCUGCACACACUAAUAAAUACACAGUGAACACUGUUAAACAUUUAGAGUCCCAGUAGUUCAAAAGGAAAUACUCCGUUUGAUGAUCAGAUAUCAGGUUCCAUUCUCAGUCCCACGCUGUCACUCAUCAGGUCAACAUAUAUGUGAAAGAAAAAAGAAGGAAAGAUGUCAAAGAUUUGAACCUUGAACUUGUGUAAAUAGUUUUCUUUAGCAGGAUCUGACAAAUCAAGCUCCAUUGUACAUUCUCUACUAUUAAACACGUCUUCCACUACGUUCAUUUUUACAGAUUUUAUUGCUGAGGGAAAAUUCUUCUUUUACUAAUUAGUUUUUCCGCCUCCUUUAAUCUUCCCUUUUUGUGGUUAUGUACCACAUUUCAUGUUGUAUAAUGAAAGGCAACAAGAGUGUGUAGUAUCUACACUUCAUUUUUUUUAUUGAAUCUAACUUUUAGAAAACAAUCUAACGAUUUAAUAACUUACUGUUUCUGUUCACACCCGGUCUGCUAAAAGCACACUGGCAAAGCAGACGAUGAAAAAUGAACCACUUGUAAAAAAAAAAUGAAAAUGAAAAGUGUUGAUUUUGCAGCUUAAAAAUACAAUAAUGGAUGUGAGUCCGUAAGCAGGGAACAAGUUUGUCAUUUUUUGUGCUUUUCUUCAACCCUUCUCAAGGAAAUGUGUAUUUUCUACAAACAGUCAGCGGUUUUGUACAAUAAAACACACUUUGAGCAUUG